AAUAUAAGACCCUGAACUUAUCUUACAAUGCAACCAUGCCCACGCUUUCCGUGCCAACCCCCACCACCAAGCCCUUGUGCUUGCCAAGAUUUUCGGUUGCUUGCUUUAUGUGGACUCUCGUCUCUCAAAUCCACCAACCAAACACUUUCUUCUACAACACCCUCAUCAGGGGCUACUCCAAAAGCUCCUCUUCACAGUCUGUUCUUUGUUCAAUUAGAUGAGGUGAAAUUGCGUCAGCCCAGAUGGGUUCACCUUCACAUUCUUGCUAAAAGCGUGGUCAAGAAUGAGAGUUGAUUUACCGUUAAUUGUGGUGUUGUAUGAGAUUCAUGGGGCGGCGUUGAAGUUGGGGUUCUACUUUCAUUUGUUUGUUACGAAUGCAUUGAUUCAUCUAUACUAGGCGAAGGGGUUCCCGCCACGGCUCGUGUUUGAUGAGACGAUGGGGUUCAAUGUUGUUUGGGUCUGGUUGUUGUGCAUGUGAGAAAGGGAGAAUUGGAACUUCCUCGUCAGGUGAUGAUGAAAUACUUGGGAGAUGUUUCAUGGACUGUGAUGGUGUCUAUGUAUGCACAAGCCAAACGUUCGAGGGAGCCACUGGAGUUGUUUAGGGAGAUAAGAGAUGUAAGAGUGAGACCUACUGAUGUGGUCACCAUGGUCAGUGUAAUGCUACUAAUGUCCUUGUUGCUUCUGCUGUCUGAAAAUUUUCGAUUUGCGCCUGGAGUUACAACCAAGCCUUUGCAAGCUCCCGGCUAACCUUACUUCUGGUAAUUCGUAUUAGGAGGUAUCCUUGUCUCUUCGAUGACUUGAUUAGCUAUGACAUACUUCACUUUUUUGUCAUAUGUGACCCAUAAGAGCAUAAUAAAGAGAACUCAAUCGAAGACACAACUGUAAUCUUAAUUUUAAUUAUAUUUGAUUUUUUUUAUUUUAUUUUUUACAUUUUUCAUAAUAAAACCAAAUAUAAGAAAAUUAUUUUCCUUAAUUUUAUUUUUUCUUUCUUUAGUAUUUUUGGAAAAAAAAAAUAUAGUCAUAGUGUUUUCUUACUAAUGUUUCUAUUAAAAACAAUUUUAUAAACAAUCUUCUAAUUUCUAUAUAUAAGAUUAAAAAUGUUCUUAACUCUUUUAAUAUUAGAUUUAAUGGAACAAUAAACAAACAACUUAGAAACGAGAAGUCUACAUAUGAGAAAGUGUUGCCUAUUUUAGUACAAAUGCUUAAGUUAUAAUGAAGUUUUUGAUGCAAAUGAUGAUCAUAUAAUAGACCAUAUUUAACAUCAUCAAAAGGGUUAUGGACUUUAUUACUAAAUAUAAUGAAUGAACAUAGAAAAUAUAUUUGAUUUCUGCAAAUAAUGUAUUCCAUAUCAAAAUGUAAAUGAGAAACUUCACUCUAUAUUUUAUAUUGACUACCAUUAAAAAUUUUAUUUAUAAAUAAAUAGAUAGAUAGAUAGAAAAGUAGAUAAGGUGAUAGGAAGCAAGAUGAGGAACCUCCAGUAUAGGUCUUCUCUCUCUAUAUAUACAUAUAUAAAUCAGUAUCCUAUCAUUUCCAAGAGAAGAGAGAAGAACCAUAUUGUAUUGCCCUUUCAUGAAACAAACCCAUUACUGUACAAUAUUAGAUGCCACUGAAUUUUGUCUUUUGCUGUAGUUUAGAUACAAAAAAUAACUAGUUUAUGUGUGUGUUUUCAAGAUUGUUCUUCCUGAGUGUAUGUUGAGUUUGGGCCAUCCCUAUACCCAUUAGGACAUUUUGGAGAUUGAUACCAAGCAUUGUGCUCAAUUCUGAGAGUUCAGUACUGUUGUAAUGUGCUUUAGUGUAUAAUUUCCUGGGCAAAAACUGCUACUCAUCAAUCUUUUAUUUAGUUGGAGAUCCUUCACUAUGGACAACUUGUUUUCAUUAGGAUUGUUAUCUUCCCUUUCCUCAGUUCAAAUCAAAAUUUUAGGAAUUUAUGGGUGUCCAGAUGCCAGGUGAAACCAGUAAGGGAAAGAUGAAACAUGGAUUAAAUACCUGCCUCUUCUCAUGACUUCCUGUUCUGGAUGACUUUUUAAAGGUGGUGAAGAUUAAGUAGAAGCCUUUUGGAGUCCUUAGAACCUUGUGGAAUUGUUAAUCUGUAGUACUUUAAGGCAGUCAACUUAGGGCCUUUCACCACGGACAAUGAAUGAUAAUUUAUUUGGUCUUUCAAUGAUUGAUAGAAUAAGGGGAAAGAAUCCAUAUUGGUUGAAUUCACUGGGAUUUGGUUUUCUUGUUUUUAUGAACAGGGUGUUGAUUAUGAUAAAUAUAAGACCCUGAAAAGUUACAUUUCUAACAAAGUAAUGCAUAUGCUGCCAACAAGCCAGAGUUUGGCCUCCAUGGCCGAGGCUUGUCUCACAAUGCAAGCCCUCAAGCUCAUCCACGCCCUCGCAUUCCGUGCCAACCUCCACCACCACGCCCUUGUGCUCGCCAAGAUUUUCCGGUUUGCUGCUGUCUCGCCCAACGGUUGUUUGCACUAUGCGGACCGUCUCUUCUCUCAAAUCCACCAACCAAACACUUUCUUCUACAACACCCUCAUCAGGGGCUACUCCAAAAGCUCCUCCCCUUCACAGUCUGUGCAAUUGUUCAAUCAGAUGAGGCGAAAUUGCGUCGACCCAGAUGGGUUCACCUUCACAUUCUUGCUAAAAGGACGGUCAAGAAUGAGAAUCGAUUUGCCGUUAAUUGUGGCUUCCGACGAAAUUCAUGGGGCGGUGUUGAAGUUGGGGUUUUGUUUUCAUUUGUUUGUUAUGAAUGCAUUGAUUCAUCUAUACGCGGCGAGGGGUGUUCCCGCUGCGGCCCAUCAAGUGUUCAAUGAGAUGGUGGGGGCCGAUGUUGUUUCAUGGUCGGGUCUGGUUGUUGCGCAUGUGAGAGCCGGGGAAUUGGAACUUGCUCGUCAGGUGUUUUAUGAAAUGCCCGAAAGAGAUGUUGUUUCGUGGACUGUGAUGGUGUCCGGGUAUGCACAAGCCAAACGUUCAAGGGAGGCACUGGAGUUGUUUAGGGAGAUGAGAGAUGUAGGAGUGAGACCUGAUGAGGUCGCUAUGGUCAGUGUAAUCUCGGCGUGCACCAGCUUGGGAGACCUGGAAACAGGUUUUGAGGUGCAUCGUUACAUUGAUGAGAAUGGGUUCGGGUGGAUGGUUUCGCUUUGCAAUGCAUUGAUUGAUAUGUAUGCGAAGUGUGGGUGCAUGGACCUGGCAUGGCAAGUGUUCAACAACAUGGAAAGAAAGAGCUUAAUUACUUGGAACUCAAUGAUAUCAGCCUGCGCAAACCAUGGGAACGCAGAAGAUGCAUUCAGGGUGUUCACUCUUAUGUUGUAUUCUGGGAUUAGGCCUGAUGGAGUAACGUUUCUGGCCCUCUUAACUGCAUAUACACACAAGGGGUGGGUCGAUGAUGGGUAUGGAUUGUUUGAGAGUAUGCAGAGGGACUAUGGAGUAGAGGCAGGCGUUGAGCAUUAUGGGUGCAUGGUAGAUAUGUUAGGCCGGGCAGGACGGUUGGAGGAGGCGUAUAAACUAAUCACUAGCAUGUCAAUGCCAUGCAAUGAUGUGGUAUGGGGAGCACUGCUUGCAGCUUGCAGGAUUUAUGGGGAUGUAGAGAUGGGUGAAAGGGUUUUGAAGAAGUUGAUAGAGUUGAAACCAGAUGAAGGAGGGUACUACAUUCUCCUCCGUGAUAUUUAUGUUGCUGCAGGACGAAGGGCAGAAGCAAUUGAACUGAGAAGAGCUAUGGAUGUCAAUGGAGCAAAAAAAACACUAGGCUGCAGUUGGGUAGGAGCAUGAUUUUCACAACUGGCGAAUACCUGCAUUUUUUAACGCUACUAGGGAUCAAGUAUCAUGCCUUAGUGCUGCCUUUCACGACCAAAUGGUUGGAAGUGAAAGGUAAUCUCACCAUCCUCCUAAUUCUAAAGCUCUGUUGCAUAGCAACGAAACCAAGGAGCUAAGCCGGAUUUAUCACCAAAUAAUACAGUGGUUUCUCCCAGAAGAAUUCAAUACCUUCCUAUGCAAUUGUUAUUAUUUUGAUAAACCUCUAUGUGCCCUGUGAAGCCCCAAACAAGUUGACCAUUUUUAAGUUGACUGAGUAGGACAGUGGAUUGACUGUUCGUUUCUAUAAUCAAGUGAACAGAGGUGAGGCUGAAUCUGAAUCUGCAUGCUUCUACCUAAACAGACUCUCUUUUGCAAGGCUGCCAUCAUGGGAAGGAUUAGCUUCUGCAUCAACAAAAGGAUUUGCAGCUGAAAUAAUGGAUUUGCUGGUAUUCCACAAACCACAGCAAGCGUGGGGAUUCUACUUCCAAGGUCCGCAACUCUUUUCUUCUUGAUGUUCCUCUCAUGGGCCCAUAGACAUCAAUCAAUUUACACACUGGGCGUGCUCGGACUGAAUUGAGACUUUUGGGUGCUCAUAGUCUAAUAAUUUAAAAUAAUAAUUGCAAUGUUCCUUUUGCAGGGAUGGAGAAAUAGUCUCGAUUAAAAGUAGUCUAAUUUUCUUUUGA